GUGUGAGUUUUUCGUUUCAGUCAGUCAGAUUGCGGCGAGGAGUCGCGCACUCGCGUUCGUUCGGUUAUUCCGUUGUGAUACCUCGAAUGGAGCGAUUGUAGUUGUCAAAUAGCUGGAGUUGUCUCGAGGUCAGAUUGUGGGUGGAAUUGGAUCGAUAGUUGUUACGACUUGAUCGAGGGCCGAUUUUUGCCGUUUAAUCAGUCAAUAGCAAUUGGAUAUUAUCAUGGACAGAACAUCGAGAAUUCUACUCAGGAAGAUUAUCAUCGACAUCGUCUGCCUCUGCCUUGUGGGAUUCUCAGUACUAGGUUUUUACUUGUUUGGUAAGCCAUACUCGCGUGGAUUCUUCUGCGACGAUGAUUCGAUCAAUCAUCCAUUCAAGCCCUCCACGGUGACGAGUCCGAUGCUGUAUGCGGUGGGAAUAUUUUUGCCCGUUUGUGCAAUGCUGGCGGGUGAAUAUAUUUACGCAAGAAACGGCGGUGGGCCAUCGCCGGUUAUGCUAUUUGGCAAGGUGAUACCUCCAUGGGUGUCAUUGGCCUAUAACAAGAUCGGCCUAUUCGGAUUUGGAGGUGUAGCAUCGCAAUUGACAACAGACAUUGCCAAGUACACCAUCGGCCGAUUACGCCCACAUUUCAUGGACGUGUGCAGACCGAAUAUCAACUGUUCACUUCCCCAGUAUCAUAACGUGUACAUAACUGAUUUCACCUGCACAUCCACCACCUCCACUGCGAGAAUGCUCAAAGAAUCCAGACUGUCAUUUCCAUCAGGCCACUCCUCGUUCUCGGCUUACGCGAUGGUCUAUCUCGCGCUGUACCUGCAAUUGAGGAUAACGUGGAAGGGAAGUAAACUUGUUAAAAAUGUCCUGCAGUUGAUAUGUCUAUGGCUGGCGUGGUUCACAGCUAUGUCUAGGGUUUCUGAUUACAAGCAUCAUUGGAGUGAUGUUUUGGUGGGACAAUUGCUGGGAGUUAUGGCCGCUUUCAUUAUGGUCUUCGCAGUUGCUGAUUUUUUCGGCGAGAGACGCUCCACCUCUUCCUCAAUAGUUCCAACAACGCACCCCGAGAAAAUGACGGCGUUGGAUUACGACGUCGAGCCUGGCAUGCAGACUCUGUUCCCGCUGACGGGCCCAGUCUCCGGGACAACGACACCCUCGCCCACCAACAAGUGAGACCGACAAAAAUCCGUCGGCUGAUGACAAACGUCUGGUGUUGCAUUACUUCGUGAAAAUCCCUGGAGUUCUUCGGUGUUUGAUGUCGGCCCGACAACCGGGUGACAUUUCCCGUCGGGACAUCACUCGAUUCAGUCGUUGAUUCCAUCAUCAUCUCCGGGACAUCUGAAUUUUAUUUAUAAUUCUUAACGCUUACUGGCUUUCAUACCGCCUUAGAGUCUGCGUUUUUAUUUUUCACUUUUGUUUCGCAUCCAAUUACUGUCCGAUGAUGCUAGCCUGCGCCAUUCACGUGUUCGUUUCGAUUUUUUUUUUUAUCAUAUUUUUAAGUUUAGCUGGACUUUUCUCAUGUAUUAUUGUACAUAUGAUUUUAAUUAUCUGGCAAUGCGUACGAGUCUUUUGUGCUUGUAUGUGAUUAAUCGUCCUAUGGUUUUAAGCUUUGCUAUCAUCUUUGAGAGAUGUUCAAAAGACUAGUAUUAUUUUGUACCUUGGCUGGUAGUUUUGAUUUAUUUUUAUUCAGAGGUAUUUAUUUCAGAUUAUUGUUAAUCGAUAGAUUGUUACGAAUAUUUUUAUUCACGAGUUAUCAUUAAUUAGGUAUUUUAUGAACGCACUGAUGGUCGAUUAUUAUUAAUUAUGUAUUGAUAAGGUUAGAGAUGAUGAUUUACAGUCGUGUGGGUCAAUAAUUUUCAGUUAUAAAUUAUGGUCGCUAGUAAUUUGUAUAUAAAUUGUUGAACAAUCGAUGGGGAUCCGGGAUCGUCAUAAUUUAUUUUUAAUUUGUGACGGUUAUUGAGUGGGGAAAAUCUCAUCUGUGUAGAGGAGAAAUGGUCCUAGUGGCCAGGAUUGGGGAUAAUCACGACUACAGAUCAUUUGUCAUUUCUUACGGCCUGACAUAACAAUUUUUAUCUGUACAGACGAUCGAUGGUCGUGAUUUUUCAAUAUUGAAUUCAUUCUAACAUGAAUUAACAAAAUGAUAUUAAAUUUCAUCUGUCUAUGAUGGGUCACGAGACGCAUUUGCAUUCUUAGAUAAAAUUCAUGGCCACUAUUCAACGAUUUUUGCCCAGGGAAGAAAAUUGUUAUGUGGCACAUAAAUUAUCCAACUUCAACUGAUGGCCAUAAAUAAUUUCUAAAUAAGCUAUUGUCAAAAUAUGAGAGUCACAACUUAUCUUUAGUCUUUGAUGAUCAUAACAAAAAAAGUUUUAUCUUUAUCAGUGACAAUGUAAAAUUAAUUCUAACCAGAAUCGAUAAAGUUCGAUCUAGAUGAAAAAUACUGUCAUUUUUCCUCAAAGAAUUAUGACGUUAGAAGGAGGGAGAAUGUGAUCAUCUUAUGUUGGGUCAUUUGCAUGUCUAGAUAAGAGUCAUCACCGCAAAUGUUUUCAUUUUCCCCAGGAAAGGAGAUAAUUUUUUACAUAAUUCUUAUAUAUUUGAUAUGGAUAUGUACAGCUGGGAUUGAUAGAAUACGAUCGUACUACGGAAUUUAUAUUUUUACGGCUCGAGGCCGUUGAACUUUUGUACUAAAACAUUGUAAUACAUUUUGAAAUUCGCUCGUGACACGACGAUUUGAUACGAUAACAAAAAUUGAUAACUUCUUGUAUAUGAAUUCUGAUGAGAAAUCGACUUCGAAGAUGUGAUGAGUAUCUUUCUGUUCCCAUCCUUCACCGCAUUUUUUUUUCGUUGAUUGCACGCAGGAAGUCUGAGGAUCUCUCGGAAUGAAGUGCAUUCUUUGAAUGGAGAGACUAGAUAAUUAUUCUGUUUACUGGGAAUUCCGUGAAAUCGCUGUAGCGAGAAAUUCUUUACGAUUCUUUUGCGAAGCCUCCGGAGGAACAUUUUGGAGUAUUUUUUUAUUCAUAAAAUUUUUUACGAUAGUCUGAUGAUUUUUUUUCGUUUUCUCAGGGAACACACUUGGAUGAGUCCAGUGGUUCAGCUGAUAAAUCGCAGAGAGGAUCACUCGAACAAAUCAUUUGAUGAGUGACUUCAUAACCGGGGGGUUUAUCAAAUGUCAAAAUCGGUUUUUGUUGUCUGGGAAAUUUUCUGCAGAUUUCAGGGCGUCAGCAGAUUUUGAAAUCGGUUUUUCGUGAUUUGUUUUACAUCAUUGGUGUCUCUGAGGGGCAGGAGACUUUAUUCAGCGCGUUGAUAAUUCACUAGCUCAGGUUUAACGUGACAAAUUGGGGAGAAAAACCGGCUCUAAUUUUUUUGAUGAAUAUUUUUUUUAUUGGCGAAACAUAUUUAUUAACUACUGCGGAUGAGCAUGAGGUUUCUUGCGAAUCUUCAUUUUUGGAGUUGAAUCUUUUUUGUUUCUCCAGAUACCAAAAUGUAAAAGUUUGAGAAAUCGUCUGCAUUAAUGUAAAUAGCAAAUCAUUAAAAUAUAAUUUUUGUCAAAUUU